AUGUCUUCACAAUUCUAUAAUAAUGUUUCAUCCUCAAAAAAUUUCCAAACAUCGUCGUCUAUUCCUCCUUCGGGAAGAAAUUCUCAACCAUCGAUACAUACGAACCGUAUAGCUAAUGUUCAAAUAAAUCCGCUUUCAGAAAAGUUUCCAACCAUCACUUCUCCAGUAACCCCUCCUCCAACACCACAGUCGUCACGUCUUUCAAACAACCAAGUCUUUGCACAUAAAAGUAAAAAACUAUUAGGACUCUUGACGGACACUAAAUCUAUCUUGGAACGGUUUAGAGAAAUAAAUAAAGAUAGAUGGAAUAUACAAUAUCCAUUUCUGGGCCAAACUUUAUCCAACCAUCGACAAUUUACAUCAUAUGAUGAUAAUAAUUUACAGUCUUCAAUGGCCUUUAACCGGUCGACAAAAAAUCCACAUGUUAUCAGUGAAUUUCGACAGCAAAUUCAUACCAAACUUUAUACACCACCUCAACAAGAUAUGUCAUCAUCUCAGGAAAUUAAUACUAAACUUAAUGUCUUUAGAUUGAAUUUGAAACAAGGAGAUAGCUCAUCUGCUGAAAAUGUUAUGGAACAAUUAGAUAAAAGUUCUGUAUCUAAAUUAUUAGAUUGUCGAUUUGUUCAAGGUAUCAAGAGGAUUGAAAAUCUUGAAUCUCGGGUAGCUGAUACUAGUUCAAAAGUUUUAGUUGCUGGCGAUGUUAACGCAGGCAAAAGUACAUUUGUUAAUGCUCUUCUUCGACGUAAUGUAAUGCCUGUGGAUCAGCAACCAUGUACUACUCUUUUCUGUGAAGUUUUGGAUGUUCAAGAAAAUUCUGGAAAUGAAGAAGUUCAUGCUAUAAAAAAUAUUGAGUCUUAUAAUCGAGAAAAUCCUUCAACUUAUACUAAAAUUGAGUUAUCAAAUCUUUUCGAUACAGUCAAUAAUGGUAUUGAUGAAUAUGCUCAAAUUAAGGUAUAUUGUAAAGAUAAACGUGAUGUACAACAAAGUCUCUUGCACAAUGGAGUCGUAGAUAUUGCUUUGAUUGAUUGUCCAGGGUUGAAUCGAGAUACGCUCAAGACUACUGCCUUAUUCGCUAGGCAGGAAGAAAUUGAUGUUAUUAUAUUUGUUGUUAGUGCCGAAAACCAUUUCACUUUAUCAGCUAAAGAAUUUUUAUCGAAUGCAUCCAAUGAAAAAGCUUAUCUUUUCAUUGUUGUUAACCGUUUCGACAACAUACGUGAUAAAGAAAAAUGUAAACGUCUCGUUCUGGAUCAAAUUAAAGAAGUUUCUCCACGUACUUACGAACAUGCCGAAGAUCUAGUACAUUUUGUAACAUCUACCGCCAUUCCAAUCGAAAAGCAAGAAAUUAGUGAUAAUAUCAAUAAUUCGUCAACACCUAUUGAUAAACAGAGGAUUGAUGACUUUAAUCGCCUCGAAGAAUCUUUGCGUAACUUUGUUCUCAAAAAGAGAUCUAAAUCUAAGCUGUCUCCUGCUAGGCAUUAUAUCGAUAAUAUUUUAAAUGAUAUUGGUGUACUGUCUGAAUUCAACAGAGAAAUAGCAACCAAUGAUGCUGAAAAGGCAUUUAAUGAACUCGAAUCUGGAAGAGAAGCUUUUGAGCGACUUUGUAAUGAUGAAAAAUCUAUCACUUCGAAAGCCAGUAAAUGCGUUGAUGAUACAUGUGAUUCUAUCAUGUUAUUUACCAAAAAACGGUUAGAAGAUGCUAUUUAUAGCAUUGACUCGUCUGCCGCUAAUAUCGAAUAUCGUGGCUUAAUGUAUGUGUGGGCAUAUGCUAACGAUGUUCGUGAUGCUAUGCUUGAAGAGAUUUCGAAAGGAGUUUAUUCUUCCGAACAGAAAGCAAAAGAAGAGACUGCGAAUUGCAUUUAUAGGAUUCAAUCUUUGGCAGAAAAUUUGAGUGGAGAACCUUGUCAGAUUGACCUUGAAAGAAUGUACAGACGUGGAAUCAUCAAUACCAUCCCUAUAGCAUUAUCUGAUUUCUUUGAUUUAGAUAUAACUCAAAAUUUCAAUGAUCGGUUCCCAUAUGUCGGCUUAUCAAGUUGUACUGUAAUUUAUGCCUUUUCUAAAUUCAAUGCGUUUUCCAGCUUAUGGAGAAUUUAUGAUUUCAUGGGUAUGUUUAACAUUCGUGGCAAAGCUAUGUUGUCUUUGGUAGGAAUUGCUGGAAUUGGUGUAUGUGCUUAUCUUUUGUAUGAUAUGGGAAGAGUCAUACCCCGAAAGGUCGCCAAAAAAAUCAAACAUGAAUUAGUUCAGUCUCAAUAUAUUGAUCGUGAAGCGAACCGUAUUACCAGACAAAGCCGUAAAAAGAUUCGAUUGGCGACCGAGGAUUUACGAUCACGAUUCAGAAUAGCCGUCGAAGAACAAAAACAAAACCGAAUUACCAUGGAACAUGCAUUUAGAAAAUCCGAAGAUGCUGUCAAGUUCUUUGAAGACAUUUUUAACAAAUCUGAAAAAAUGUCUGAAGUUUUAAAUUCUCUUGGAAACAAUUGGGAAGACAGCGAUGAUGAAUUAUAUAACUAG